AUGGAAGGACCAGGAAUUGGAGACAGUGUCACAGAGCUACAACAUGACUUGGAGCGCAAGUGGCGCAGGCAUGGCACCCGUCUCAAAGAUUUUUGGCGCUCCUUUAGCCAGGGUCAACGAACUCAGGCCAUCAAGGCCGGUACAGUUGGUGUCUUGAAACAUUCUGAAGAUCGAUCUCAAGGCAAUGUGUACAAAUUCGCCCCAGAAUUCGACCUUUAG